AUGAUAAUAUCCAAAUCAUCAAUACUCGUCAUCUGGUUUACGUUUCUAGUGUCCAUAGUCAAUGGUUCACGAUACAUCAAAUCGUCGUCACUUUUGACAUGUAUGGAGAAUUCCCAGUUCACAGCUUCAUUUUUUGACGUGAUAUUCUAUCCCGGAAAUAAUACUGUUGAUUUCGAUGUUCUUGCCAUAUCCACUAUUGAUAAUAGAACAGUUGGGGUAAAUGUUAAUGUGAUCGCCUAUGGAUUAAAUGUCUUGCAGAGAAACAUUUCAUUGUGUGAUAUAUCGUACACUGGACUGACUGGUGCUCAAAACGAUCCAUUAUGUCCCAUUAAUAAUGGUCAUUUAGAUGUGCACUCGCUGUAUACGUUAGGUUCUUCUGUCACCAAAGAUAUUCCUGGCAUCGCCUACACCAUUCCUGAUUUGGAUGCCAGAGUUCGAGCAGUGAUUUAUGAUACACAAACAUACGAACAGUUGGCGUGUGUUGAGGCCACGUUAUCUAAUGGUAAAACUGUACAAACCAAGUAUGCAGGUUGGCCAAUUGCUGCUGUAUCUGGUCUUGGGGUUAUUACUUCAGGGGUAAUUUCUAUUAUUGGAUAUUCUAAUACAGCAGCACACAUUGCUUCCAACUCAAUGUCUCUAUUUGUUUACUUCCAGUCUUUGGCUGUUACAGCGAUGAUGGCAGUGGCUAGAACUCCGCCAUUAGCAGCUGCUUGGGCACAAAAUUUUAUGUGGUCAUUGGGUGUUGUGAGAGUUGGUUUUGUUCAAGACAUUGCAAAUUGGUACCUCCAAGCAACUGGAGGGACACCAACUGAUAUUUUAAAAUCAAGGUAUCUCUCAAUUUCGGUUCAAAAAUUUGUAAAGAAAUUUAUCAAACGUUCAGCCAUGGCAAUAGCUGAGCACUCGCCCGAGUUUGUGACACAUUUGACAAAACGAAUCAAUGUGCUGCUUGAUACAGAAUCUAUCGGUGCUUUGGAUUCCGAUUUGUAUACGACAAAUGAAAAAUCAGGCGAAUCGUCUGGGAAAAUUUUGGUGUUGAGAGGAAUUCAAAGAGUUGCCUACUUAUCAAAUAUUGAAAUUACAGACAUGUUUAUGACAAGCAUUCAGUUUCUUUUGUUUUUUGUUUUCGUUGUGUUGGUUUGUCUCAUGGCGUUUAAGGCAAUUAUUGAGAUUUUGGUGCGAAGCAAAAUUAUCAAAGAAGGGAAAUUUAAAGAGUACCGUCGACAAUGGGCAUCCAUUAUCAAAGGUACUAAUUACCGUAUAUUGAUGCUUGCCUUGCCACAAAUUGGAUUGUUUUGCAUUUGGGAGUUCACUGUGAGAGAUUCAGCGGGGAUUGUUGUUGUAGCAGUGUUUAUGUUGGCAGUUACAGCGAUAUUGUUGCUUCAAGCAGCUGUCAGAGUUUGUUUGUUGGGUACGAAAUCUGUCCGUGAAUAUAAAAACCCGGCAUAUUUGUUGUUUGGUGACAGAAAGUUUUUGAACAGGUUUGGAUUUCUUUAUUUCCAGUAUCGUGCUGACAAGUACUGGUAUAUAUUCGUGUCAACAACGUACAUUUUUCUUAAAUCGUUGAUUGUUGCGGUGCUACAGAAUCAUGGUAAACCCCAGUCAGUUAUUGUAUGGGCAAUUGAGCUAAUUCACUUGGUGGUUUUAAUAUGGAUCCGUCCCUUUAUGGAUAAAAGAACAAACGUUUUUAAUAUUAUCAUUAGUAUAAUGAAUUUUAUCAACGCAUUGUUUUUUAUGUUUUUUUCCGAUGUUUUUGGACAACCUAGUGUGGUUUCCUCAAUGAUGGCCGUGGUUUAUUUCAUAUUGAAUGCAGUAUUUGCUUUAUUCUUGUUGUUAUUUACUAUUAUCACCUGUAUUCUUGCCUUGUUGCGUGAUAAUCCCGACUCACAAUAUCAACCAAUGAGGGAUGAUCGAGUAUCGUUUUUGAAUCGUCAGGCAUCCAGGUCUGAUGUUAUUGGUAAGAAUAAUCCACGUAAUGGAAAAGACCUGGAAUUGGCUGAUCUAGGAAAAACUGCAAUGAUGGGUCAUGAAAACAGAGCACGCGAAGGAGAUACUGCCUAUCAAGACUCUAAUUCGUACGAUGAGGAUUCCUUGUAUUUUAGACGGCGUGCUGAAAAUGAGCAAGAAGGUUAUUCUAAUACAUAUGGACCACGGAAUUAA